AUGGGUUCCACCAACUUUACUAUCAAAGAAUUAUCUGAUUUUCAUAGAAAAAAUUUACAGAAACUCACUGAUCUAGACACUAAAAUAACGAAGUUGAUUCAACAAUUAGAUGAACAAUCAACAGAUUCAAAAGCCUUUCAAGAGAAAACGAAUAACAGCUUUGAGAAGACGAGCAACAUUUUUGAUUUACUAACUAGUCAAAUGGCUGAGCUAAUUCAAGCUUCUAGACGCAAGAAUGGAGAUCCAGGAAUUUUGGGUACACCUGGAUUUACACCACCAGGAAGUAAUCAAUUUGUCCAUAGCUUUGGAGGAAAAACAUCUCAUGCUAGACAACAACGUACCCCAAAUCUUGAAUUUCCUAGAUUUGAUGGGGAGAAUCCACAUGGGUGGGUUCAAAAGAGCGGAAGGUAUUUUCAGAUCCACGGUAUUGAGGAGCAUCAGAAGGUUAGUGUAGCUUCUAUCUACCUUGAAGGUAAGGCCGAUAAGUGGUUUCUUAACUUUCAAAUUGGUAAACCUUUUUUGUCAUGGAAAGAGAUAUCUGAAGGUGUGUGUGCUAGGUUUGAGAAUCCUGUAGAUGAUAACUUUAUUGGAAGUUUUAAUAAAUUGUGUCAAAUCACUACUGUAGAAGAGUAUUUUGAACAAUUUGAAGCUCCCAAGGCUCUUAUGUUGAGUAGUAACCCUCAUUUGACUGAACAGUACUUUGUGGAGGGUUUUAUCAGUGGAUUAAAAGCUGAAAUCAAAAAUUAUGUACUUAUGUUUUAUCCUGCUACCCUGUUACAAGGCUUUUCACUAUCUAGAAUGCAAGAACAGAAAUGUACACAACAAGCUAAAGCCACAAAACCAUUCCAAAGACCUUUUAGCAACUCAUUUACGCACAACAUGACAUAUCAAACUAUUACUCCUCAACCCAAACCAAUUCAUACCACUACUACUACAAUUACUUCUCCUUUCACACCCAGAUCUGGUAAUACAACUCCUAAGUCCAGUCCCCCAAUACCACCCAUAAAAAGAUUGACUCAGGAGCAAAUGAGGGCCAGAAGAGAGAAGGGUUUGUGUUACAAUUGUGAUGUUGUGUAUUCUACAGGCCAUGUUUGCAAGAGCCAACAAUUAUUCAUGGAGCAAGUACAACAACCAGAGUCUUCUGAAGAAGCAAAGGAAGAAGUUUAUGAAGAAGAUGUGGAAUCCCCAGUGGAAUCUGAUAUGAAAAUAUCCCUUCAUGCUCUUACUGGAAAUGUGAAUGGAGAUACCAUUAGGAUACUAGGAACUAUUGAGAGGCACAAAAUUUUAAUUCUCAUUGACACUGGUAGCACCCAUAGUUUCAUUGAUUGUACAUUAGUCAGAACCUUAAAAUGUCAAGUGGAACAAACAUCUCCCAUGUUGGUUACUGUGGAUAAUGGAGAUAAAACUAUCAGUAGUGGGGUUUUCUCUCAGUUUCAUUGGUCAAUGCAAGGUCACAAUUUCUCUGAAGACUUAAGGAUGCUACCUUUAGGAGGGUGUGAUAUGGUUCUUGGUGCUGACCGGCUGAGGAAGCAAGGUGAGGUCAUGUUUAAUCUCUCUAAACUAUGCAUUUCAUUCAAUUACAAGGGAAAUAAGAUUACUCUGCAAGGCUCCACUGUGAAGGUGUUACUCAAGAUGAUUAGUUGCAAUGCUUUUAAAAAAAAUUUAUCCAAGACUUCCCAUGGGAUUAUAGGGAAACUAUCCUCAAUAUCAGUCUGUGAAAUUCCAAAAUCAAUUCCAGAACCAAUUACACGGCUCAUUCAAGAAUUCUCAGAUAUAUUUGAUGAGCCAAAACAAUUACCUCGAACUAGGAGUUUGUUUCACUCAAUUCCGCUUAAACCAAACUCAGAGCCUGUUAACCUUAGACCAUAUAAAUGCCCCUACAUACAAAAAGGAGUUGUUGAACAAUUGGUCAAGGAGAUGCUGAAUUCUAGGGUCAUACAAAACAGUCACAGUCCAUUUGCCUCCCCAAUAUUAUUGGUCAAGAAGAAGGACAAUUCAUGA